AUGAACAAUAACUUCACAAAGAAACAGUUUGGGGUGGAAAAAGAGUUAAACAUGAAUGUAAAGGGUGAAGUUGACAACUUGCCUGACAACAUAGACGUCACAUUUAGUGAACCAUCCGAUGAGGAUAGUGUUGAAUCUGAGGUUGUUAAAAAUGUGGUUGAAAAUGUUUUGAAAACUGACAGUGACUCCACGAUUUCAAAUGAGGAUGAUGAUUGUUUUCUAAAUAAUUAUCUUCCAAAAUCCAAGGUGAAAAACAACUUAAAGGACGAACCUACCCUGGUCAUGUACCAGGUGUGUGGAUCUGAUAAGUUGUACCCGGAUGAAGAGUUUCCGAUAGAAAAUGUAAAUGUGGAUAAACUGGAGAAAGUUUUUAAGCUGGUGGAGAUCGAUGUGUCAGAGGUUGAUAGGUUGUCAAGUUCCAAAAGAUUUUUGAAUUUCCAAAAAGAUAAGUCUUACUAUAACAAGCCCAGAAAUCCACCACGUUUUCAAAAUAACAAUCAGAAUAAAGGGGUCUACGGUCAAAGGGAUGGUAAGAACAAUCAGAGAAGAAACUUUCAAAAGUCAAAAUUCGUUAAUAAAACAACAUUGGUGAAAAGUUCAAGUUCUAUGAAUGAUCAAGAGUCUGAAAUCUUUUCGAAAACAAAUGAAGAAUUCUUUGAGAAAAAAGCAUCACAAACACAGACUGAAGGUCCAAGUCGGGUUAUUGAUAACCGGACAUGCUCUAAAUGCAAUAAAGUUGGACAUAUUGCACGAAAGUGCACCAACUCCAAACGUAAGUCUGUGGUUGUUGAAAACACAAAGAAACCUAAUGAUGUGAAAGGCAAGGCACCAAUGUUUGUUGAAAAGAAGAUUCAAAAACCUGAAAAAUGCUAA